GCGUCGGCCAGUAUAACGACUCUGUAGAAGCCCGCUGUGGUUUAAUAAUCAAACAAGAUUAGGUGAGUGAACCCAGGGAGAGUAAUGACAUCAUCAACAGCGGCACAACCAAAAUCUGGCAGGUGUUUAUUUCUCCUGGCUCUUCUUCAGCCUUGAAGGAAAUCACUGAUGUCAGGAAAAUUUUACUCGACACAGAGUGUGAAAUCAUUAAUCAGGGAACCAGUGUGACGCUAACAUCUGGGGUUGGCCUACAAAAAUACCACUUCCUUGCAGCGCUCUCUAUACUUAUGUUAUCUUUCACUGCUGCUGUUUGCAGUUCUGUAGAACACAGUGUGUUGAUCCACACUGUAAAACAUGAAAAGUAAUGGACAUACGCUUGCAGAUACUUUGAUUUUAUUAUCAUUUACAUCAGUUGCAUCUUCUCGACUUCUAGACAUAUAGCUCUGGAGAUGUGUGUCAAGUCUGCUGUCACUUUCAGUAGUUUCAAAAGUCUUGAUGGGUCAUGCGCCUGGACAGGUCAUGUCAGGCCAUAGUUGUUGGCAGCCUCAGACAGUGAGCGGUGGUAAUAAAUGGGAAGUCAAAGGGCUGUACCAUGCUAUGUAACAGCACAGGAGCCUGAGUGUAUCACAUGUUAUAAGCGGCGGAAGGACAGCUCUGUUUCCCAUGCAGCAGCCGCACUCUGCAGAGUUGUGUGGAGGCAUGUAGGAGGUGAGUGACAGUGCUACGAUGUGAUUGGUCUUACCACUUCCUAUUGUUCCCCUGUCACUGAUAACCCCCAGUGACCCGAUCCAAAGGAAGGAAGGCCAUCGCUCGGUUUGUGGUGGUGGGCUUGUCAGCUCUUUGUCCUCAGAUAACUUAUUAACCCACCGAGUCCGCCGAGAGAAGAAUGAUUUCUCACACAGCUCGCCGUAUGGUUAACCCAGGGUAAACAACUUUUCAGGAGUCCGUCUGCGGAGGAGCAGAGACAGAGACCAAGAAGGAAGGAAGGGUAUUAUGCGGUUUACAAGAAAUGUGAGCACAAACCUGCCAGGAUGAAACUACUUUGAAUUAAAAUCAAUGGUGGCCACGGACACAUAGACAAAGAUGCUGAGUAGGAGCCUUGCAUUUUGUUUUAGAUUUGAUGACAUUUUUACAAACCCUGUGAAAAAACAUUAGGUUUUGCAGGAGCAAAGGAAAUCUAAAAUAAAAUACUGGAGAUGAUUAUAAUACAUGGAAAGGUUCCGAUCGCAUAAGAAGAAUCUUAUGGUCUUUGUUUCUAAUGCAAGAUGUGGAUGUCUUGUCCCAUCAUGAAUCCCAAACAAAAGCUUAAUGACAAAAGAAAUGAUAAUGAACACUACUUCACAAUCAUGAAGAGGUCAGGAGCUGAGGAACACUUGAUAAGAACUAAUGCAUGCAACUUUGAUUCAAUGCAUGUACACAGUCCAAUAUGUGAAUAUUGUCACUAUAACAAUCAAAAUAUGGUGUUCAAAGCAGAUAAAGUGAAUAGCAGUCUUCCACUACUCAACCCAGCAGAUGAGGCCUGCAGGGAUGCAUGUGGUCCGGACAGACAGACCACAGACGGACCAGAGUCAGCCCGGGUCACCACGCACCUCGGGCACAUGGCUGAUGUCACGCGUCUGCUGCCUUAAUUAUGCUCUGUUCAGCUUCGCUAAUGUGUAGGUCUCAGUCGUCUCGCUUUACAAUCACUUCAGCUGUCUCACUUCAAGGAAAGAAGUAGGGAUAAUGAGGGAAAUUGUUUUAUGUGCUAAGAGUCAAACAGCCUUAAGCCUGGAAAUUGAAAGAAGAAUUUGACUCGGUAUGCGGAGGUCUAAAUUUACCCUGACACCAGCUAAUGUGGAAUGAAGUGGUUGUGUGCAUAACGGUGAGGGGGGAGGAAGCAAUGGAGAUGGAACCAGUAGACUCGAGCAUUGGAUUUGUCAAUGGAGGACUCUGCACACUAUGAAAUAAUAUUUUAUGCAGCUGUGAGUUUAAAUAUUUCAUAUAGCUGUCAGCAAGUGGGCUCAGUUUCUUAUUAAAAGCAAUAUGCAGAGAAAAAAAGAUUAUUGAACUCCACACAGCAUGUUGAUUUUCGAGCAAUAUCUUAAUAAUUCUAAAUAAGUUAUUUAUUGCACAGACAAAUGCAGCCUUAUGUUCGCCUGUAUACAGUAGUGAAACAUACUUGUGCAAGUACUCUGAGUACUUUCUUUUUGGUACUUACCCGACUUAACUCAACUAUCUUUCUCCCAUUUUAUGCUAUGUUCUACUUAAAUGUAGUACUUUUCCCCUGACAGUUACAGAUGACGAGUUACUUUGUAGAUGGAAAGUCCUGCACACGGGGGCUCCUGUUGCUGUUUCGACUGUAUGUUGGAACCAUAAUCGAGUAGUAAGCUCACCGAAAAUUAAUGCAGGUCAAAUUGACCAGGGCAGGCGAGUCAAACACGCAGUGUGCACUCCUCCACAUACUAAAUAAAGAAGUCCAAUCAAAUAGGUGAAAACACCUGUAUGCGCAUGUCAUGGCUGCUUGGCUUUAAGGAGUAAACGGCGUGUCCACGUUGUUAAAGUCUGCUCCCCUCGACCGGAUGCAAUGCAUCAGGAACGAUAACAAACACUGCCGUCAGUGAGUUGCCUACUUUGACUUACUUUACUACAUUUUGCUGAAUAACUUUCACUUGUAAUUGAGUAUAUAACAUUGUGGUGUGACAUGUAACUAUUUUAUUAGGCUACUUUUUUUUUUAAUGUCCUCGAAAGACUCCAGAGGAUCUGAUCGGGUUUGGUUGUCGGUGGUCGCCAUCUGGUGGUUGACAGGAAGUACUGCGUGCCUGCGUUGACGUUGUCGUCCCACGGUCAACAAGCACAGUGAAGGCUCAGUGGGUCACGUGAUGCAGCUCCAGUCUCAUCCCCCAAUCGUUCUGGCCUCCUGCUUUGCCUGGAAACAUUCAGAUCCACUAUCGCCCCACGACGUCACAGCAAUGAGGUAUCAGCUGACUGACUCACACUUCACAUGAGCCCCACAUCUGCUGAGAGGGCCAGCCCGUGGAUUGAAUCGGAAGAUAUAUAAUUAAUAAAUCUAUAUCUGCUAAAUCAUCUAGAUCAGCUAUAUUACAGCUAUAUGCAUCGACUCAAACAAUAGUAACAUCUGAAAUACUGUGUAUCCAGUUCAGCAGUUUGCUCGGGGAAAGUCUAUUUAAAGUUCUGAAAUGCUAUGCCUCUGUUGGAGAUGGCUGCUGUAAGAACAUUGCGUCUAUUACGUGAUCAGAAGCGCUCUAUAUUUAUCAAAUCACAUGGGGCUCACCAGAGGACACACAACAUGGUGCUGCUGAGACUCCAGACUUCCUAGACUGUCAACUCCUGUAGACCAGGGUCACAGCUGAAGCAGGACAGGUGUGGAUUCGGGGAUGAGUGACAUUGAUGAGACCAUUCUUGCUAAGAGGCUUCAGAAAGUCAACCGAACAGCAGGCCAUUCAGAGGCUGACCGCCCCAUCGAUGGCCCCCCGGACUGCGAGGGCUCUCCUGUGGAUCGUUACCUCAGCAGACACGCUGUCGGUGGAAUGGAGAGCGUGCUCUCCGGCAGCGAGGAGGAUAUAGACCUGCAGUCUGUCAAUAUAUUCUUUGAAAGACUGAACAAUCUUACAGAGGCUGAGCCAAGCCAAGCGAGGGAUGGAAAAAACAGAGAGGCAAUGCAAGAGGAGGAGCGGUUUAGUGAUGGGAAAAAAACAUCCCCUUGGCAAAAAAACAUCCCCAAGUUAAACUCUCUGUCAGCCAGUGGUGAAACGGCAGUUGGCAAAGAGGCCACUGAGCCUGUUGACACCAUCAGCAACAUAAACGCAAUGAAAAAAGAUGCCCUUGGCUCCAAGAUUUCCCCUGAUCCUGCAGCCACUAACUCUGUGCUCCAGACUAACAAAUCAGCAAACCCUGAAACGAGGUUAUUCACCAGAGAGGAGGCCUGCACAGAAACCAGAAUAAAUGACGCAACACAGCGGAAUCGGUCUCAUGACUCACCGGAGGGCGUUGUCUUCUCAGAAACAGCACCUCACACUGACGGUGGGACAACCGUGGAAACGCGCACACCUCUAAAUGAUGUUUAUCAGGAAGAUUUGUUGACGAGUCAGUUCAUUUUCACUAAAACAUGUCGCACUGAUUCAUUGAUUAAUCUCGAAAUGGUGACGCAUGUUAAAAGGAAAGGAGACCAAAACGCUGAUGUUUUACAGUCGGACGCAACACGCACCAACAAAACCGCCAGCCAAGAAUCGUCUCCAUCUGCCUCUAUUAAACGAAAGAGAAGGAAAAAGAGACGGCUUAGUGUUGAGCCAGCCGAGGGUGUGCAUGGAUAUGACAGGCAGGUUUUAGUCAAGCAGAGUGAUUCAGAGGAAGAACAGCAUGCAUGGAGAGGAGGAACAGGUCUGUGUCUAUCUCAGGAUAUGAAUUUAUCUCAUUUAAACAAACCACAAAACAAAUGUAUUUCAUCUUUAACCAGUUAUUCAGCCGCCAGCAAUCUCCCAGUGAAUAUAUCUGUUAAGGAGAUCAAACUAGAUUAUCUUGCUCACUACAAUACACACCAAUAUUUACAAGAGAGCAUAGUAAGGAAGGGAAUGCGUAAAGCAUUAGACCUGGCUGAAAAUAAUGCAACUAACGAUGGGUCAGUAAACCCCCUGAGUCAAACUGAUGGCAGAGCAAUGUCAGCACCAAACGACAGCGGUAAUGUGGCAACCAAUUUGCAGAUGAGCAGCAGAUUACAUACAGUUACAAUUGACGGUUUAACUGGUAAAUCAUGCCUGUCCACAGAAACGGCACACUGUGGAAGAAAGGACACUCAUGCAGGGAGUCUCCAGAAGUCUGACAAAAUUAAUCAUUCUAUCAAUUGUUGUGACGAUGAACAAAAUCCACAGUCUUGCAGAGCAGAGGUCAAAUCAAUAAGUAUUGUAUCAAGCGCCGAGUCAACUGAUCUCGCAGUGAAAAUCAGCCAAAAGGACAAACUGUCUGCUGCUAAGUCGGUCCUGGCUGUGGAGGCGGGAAACGCUGGCAGAGACAAGCACAUACUGUGUCAAAGAGAAGCUGAGCCCCAACAACAGUUGGGAAUUGACUGUCGAGACACAGACGGAAAUAGAUCUGCUCUGAAAAGGACUCUGUUUCCUCUGUCUGCAAGCAGUUCUGAUGACUCAAAACCCAAGGAAUUCAAACCUAGAGCCUGUCCCUUCUUUGAGAUUUCCAGUCAAGUAGGCUGUGCUAAAUCGACAUCAGAUGCCAGCAGUGCAUUGCCUGAUGAACACUUUCUGGCUCAAAGUCCUACCACUUUUGAUAUAGAUACUACAGCACAGCCAACGGAACAUCCUAACACAUUAUCCAAACGUUAUGUUUUGUCAGAGAAAUGCACAACAGCUGAGGGAGCUGAAUUGGCAGCAUCACAAAGAAUGGCUUUUCAAAGUGGGAAUCCCCUUCUAUCUGGUGGCAUCACAGUUAAACGUCAGAGAGAAGCCAAACCGUCCAUGUCUGAAGACUUGCCAACAAGUCCACCAGAUAUUACCCCUGUAUCUUCCUGCUGCACUCUGGACACAGAAUCUGUCAUGUCAAUCUCAAAUGGAAAUAUCACAGACAUGUCAGGAAGUUCUUGUUUAUCUGUCAAUCAAAAUGGCCAUGGACAUCAAGAAGAAGCAUCAUCACUAAUGUUGGAAAAACACCAGGAAGGAGAUGGCACAUCUGACUACAAAAGCCAGUCUGUAUCAAAUGACACAACAGAUUUCAAAUGUGAUGUAGGGGUCAAAGCCGAAGGCAUCAUCACAGCAUUUAAAGCAGAAUGUGAACCUCUGAAGGCACCAGAUUCAAAGCAUUCAGUGUUCGCUAUGUCGUCUUUUUGGACAGAGAUGGAGAAGCUGACAAUAAAUGAUAUUCUGAGUUUAGGAAUGAUGAGCAAAGCCGCUUCAUCCAGCUCCCUCCCACCUUUACAGGAAAGUGAGAAGAUCAGCAUGUUUGCUCUGACGGAUUCAAGCUUUUUUACUCAACUGGAUGAGUCCAAGCCUGAACAAACCAAUGAAGACACAGCGAGCGAUUCUCACUGUAUCGAAACAAGUUCAGGUUCUGUUCUAACAGCCAAUUCUUCCUCUUCAAGCGGUGUCAUGUGGGAGAGUCUAGGGGCUGAUAUUUACCCUGAGAAUAUGAUGUUGACAUCUGUUGGGGACAUUUCUCAACCAGCUCCCUGUGAAGGUGCUCAAGCGUGCCUCAGAAAUAUUUCUAAGAAUGUAACCGUGUAUAAUCUACACGCCCUGGGAUCUGGGUCUAUGAGAUGCACAAGGAAAGUCCAAACUUUACAAACCUUAGACGAGGGAGGAUUACAAAACGUAGAGUAUUUCACUGAUGGACACAUGCCUAAGCAAGAAAAAGACACAGACUCUUUAGCUUCAUUAUCAACAGACAGCUACAGAAUAUCUUUCUUGGAUAUAUUUCGUUAUCUCUUCAGUGGAAAGCAAUCAGUUCCCAGCCAAUCGGCCACAGAUAACAUUACCAGCUGCUACACUGAGGGAAAUUCUGUCCCUGAAACUUAUGACCAUUUCUUCUCAGAGUUUGAUACAGAGAGCUUCUUCUACCCUCUCAUCCCUGCAGACGAUCAAACCAAAGUUCCUGUCUUUUCCUAUUCUCGCUCGGCGAACAGAAGUCUACAGUUUCCUGAGGCUUACGAUCACUUCUUGGCAUCCUCUUCUUCUGACGAGUCUUCUGUGGAGUCUGAUGAUGAAGAUGGUGGCGGUCCUGUGAGGGUGGUGAACAGGUUUAACCAUGCAUCAAGCACAUCUCAGAUUUCCACAGACAUAUAUGAGAAUUUCUUCACAGAUAGCGACCUCAGACAGAAUUUCUUUUGGAAAACCACACUCUCCUUCAGGAAUAUUAGUUUAACUGGAUCUACAGCCCAGAAGCAGACUCUCUCAAACCCUCAAUCUCGUCUACCUGUGAGGCAAAGCGGCAGAUCCUUUGGAAGGACAGUUCCUCCUCUAAAUGCUCCGGGGAAUCGAGACGGGAUGUUUCCUGAUCCCCUUUUGUGCCAGCAGCCUUUCCGAAACGAGGACUCGCAGACGGCUGUUUCCAAUCCAAGGUUGGAUGCCUCCCUUCUGCCUCUCAGACAGUCUGACAUGUGUCUGGUUUGUAUUGCAUUUGCUUCGUGGGUACUGAAGACUGCAAAUCCACAAGUUGGAGACACCUGGAAGGCUGUUCUGCUGGCGAAUGUAAGUGCUCUGUCAGCCAUCCUAUACCUGCGUGAAAACGUCAAGACGGAGUCUGCAGCCAGUGAGAAGAACAUGAAUUACACCACCCCGUCUGAUUCCUGAUGUCUCUAAUUAUGUCACACUUAAAGGGAAACUUUCUUCCUUGAACACCUUAUACAAGCCAGUGCAAGACCUCAGUCCGUCAUGGAAUUUGUGACGAUAUGCUGCUACAUGUUUGCUUUAUGUAUUUGCACUCUAAUUGCUUUAUGGAUCUUGAGUUUAAUUGAUCUUUCCAUUGAGUGAACAUGGAAAAGGAUUUCAUUUCAUAGGAGUUGUUUUAGUUUGUGAUUCUAGAUUAAUUUGACACCUUGAUCUUUAACUUUUGAAAGCAUCCUCAUGAAAUAUGAAACGACCAAGAAAACACCCUGACAAAAAAGUUUAUAAUAAUUUGAGGGAUUGUAUUUUGUGCCAGUAUCAGUUUUAUAUUUUAUGAAGGGCAUUUUGUUCCUCAUAGAUGAUUAUCUAGAUGAGUGUUAUGUCGUGUAGAUGUUCUGUGAGAUGUUUCAGUUUAACUAUAGUGAUAUUUGCGGUCUAGUUUUUCCAAAAGCACUCAGACCUGAAUGUGAAGCGUUUAACCACUAGAGGGCAGCAUAAGAGCGACAGUUAUUGCCAAAACUUUUCAGUAAAACUAGUAGUUCAAGGUAUGAAUUAACAUUAUGAGUGGCAAUAAUGUCCUCUUCAAGAAUAAUACACAUUUCUCUCCAGCAGAUGGCAAUGUUUAGCCAUAAAAUGAUGUGUGGAUUGGGUUUUGAUACAAUUUUGUGAUACAAAGUUGAUACAAACAGCGUUUGUUUCAACUUGGUUAUGCAUUUUAUAAAUUUCACUGAAACACUGACA